AUGGCAGGAAAACUUACUUUAACUUUGGCACUGGUAGUGCUAAUGGCAGUUAUUGUUGCUUCUCAACAACCCGGUGGACCAGGUCCACGAGGACCUUCACCACCUCCACGAGGAUCUUCACCACCUCCACGAGGAUCUUCACCACCUCCACGAGGAUCUUCACCACCUCCACGAGGAUCUUCACUACCUCCACGAGGAGCUUCACCACCUCCACGAGGAUCUCAGAGACCUAAUGGACCAAAACCUAAUAUACCAUCCACAACUGCAGCUCCAGCCUGA